AUGGACAGCCUUUAUCUGUAUUUCCCAGUUCUGUUCUUUGCUCUUUAUAUCAUCAGCCAUCAUUUUCUUCACAAGCUACAAAACCUUCCCCCUAGCCCAUUUCCAACACUACCUUUCAUUGGCCAUCUCUACUUAUUGGGUAAACCUUUCCACAGAGCCUUAUUCAAAGUCUCGAAUCGUUAUGGUCCGGCAGUCUUUCUUCAGUUUGGCUCUCGGCCUGUCCUCCUAGUUUCAUCACCUUCAGCAGCAGAAGAAUGCUUUACCAAAAAUGAUAUCAUCUUUGCCAAUCGCCCUGAUUUUCUCAGUGGUAAGCAUUUCGGGUACAAUUUUACCAGCCUUGCCUGGUCCUCUUAUGGAGAGCACUGGAGAAAUCUUCGAAGAAUUUCCUCUCUUGAAGUUCUAUCUUCCUAUAGAAUUCAGACACUAUCAAGCAUCCGUUCUGAUGAAAUAAACUACCUGAUUCGUAGACUCUUUCGAGUCUCCAUAGAGAGUCCGGAAAAAAUGGUGGAGAUGAAAUCAUCUCUUUUUAACUUCACGUUCAAUGUGAUAUCAAGAAUGAUUGCAGGAAAAAGAUAUUACGGAGAGAAAGUAGAGAACUCAAAAGAAGCUAACCUAUUCCAGGAUAUAUCAACAGAUACGCUAGCCAUUAUUCCAAAGGCUAAUAUUUUGGAUUUCUUGCCAUUCAUGAGGUGGUUUGGAUUGCAUAGUGUUGAGGAAAAGAUGACGGAAAUACAGGAGAAGAGAGAUAACUUUAUGCAAAACGAAAUAGACGAGCAUCGACGAUCAAAGACCAGUGGCUCCUUUCCUUCAGCAGAGGUUGUGGCAGGGAAGAAGAAAACUAUCAUGGAAGUCUUGUUAGAUUUACAGAAAACAGACCCCGAAUACUACACAGAUGAAACAAUUAGAAACCUAAUGUUGGUCCUACUCCAAGCUGGAUCAGAUACUUCAGCUGUAACAUUAGAAUGGGCUUUUUCACACUUGCUUGACAAUCCAAAAAUUUUAAAGAAGGCACAGACUGAAAUUGACAAUCACGUUGGACAAGACCGCCUAAUUGAUGAAUCCGAUUUUGCUCAACUUCCUUACAUCCGAUGCAUCAUCAAUGAGACAUUGCGGAUGCAUCCAGCAGCCCCUUUACUUGUGCCUCACUUUUCAUCAGAAGAGUGUAAGGUUGCAGGCUAUCGAGUUCCGCGUGGAACAGUUCUAUUAGUGAAUGCAUGGGGCAUACAUCAUGACCCUAAGGUAUGGGAGGACCCAGAAAAGUUCAAUCCUGAUAGAUUUAUAGGCUUUGAAGGUGUCAAAGAGGGCUGCAAGUUUAUUCCAUUUGGAUCAGGUAGGAGGGGUUGCCCUGGUGAGAACCUAGCCAUUCAUGUCAUUGGAUUGGCACUGGGCUCACUUCUUCAAUGCUUUCAGUGGGAUAAGCGUAACAGGGAGAUAAUCGAUAUGAGUGAAGGGACUGGGUUCACACUUUCACCAAAGGUUCAGCCUCUACUGGCAAAAUGUUCUCCACGACAAAACAUGGUUAAACUUCUUUCUGAAAUCUAAUCCUAACCAAGAUUCUAAUAAUGUAUGCCAUUACUUCCACAUAAAUAACUAAGCAUUUAAGAUCCAAUUUUCUUAUUCUAUCAUUCGGUGAGGAAACCUAAUGCCAAGUACGAAAAACAAAGAAAGAAACGUACCUGCAUAAUUUACGCAUUCAACGAAUCCAUUGGCUUGUAAAAAUAUGAAUUCAUUCUCCAGAGUUCCACCCUCUCAUGGUGAAAUUAUCAUGAAUUAGGUUGGAUAGCUGGCAGUUUCACUCUCCUAGAAAAUGCUUAUUUUAUUUAGCCACAA